CCCAGGAAGGAAAGAGUCAGGCAGCUGGUUAGAAGCGUUCCUCUUCUUCAGGGGCUGCCAGUAUGACAUUCACAUGACAGAAAUCAGAAACCAGUUUGCAAAGGCCACACAAUUUGUGUUAGUGUGUUUGGAAAGGAGAUCAUCUAUCUGCAAACUUGUAGCAACUGGAAGAUGCCAUGACCCCAUUUCUUAUAGUGCUGCUGUUUCUUGGACUAAGCCCGAACCUCUGGAACCCAGCAUCAGCAGGGGUCCUCUCUAAACCUACACUGAGAGCAGUGCCAGGAAAUGUGGUAGCCACUGGGAACCAGAUGACAUUCUUCUGUGAAGGGCCCUCAGAGGCCAAAGAAUAUCGUCUCUACAAAGUAGGAAGUCAAGACUACCUGAUACCAACAGCCCUUCUAGAAACUGAGAAUAAGGCCAAGUUUUCUAUCUCUUUGGUUCAAUGGAACAAUGCAGGCCAAUAUUGGUGUUCUUAUACAAGCACCAAUGGCUCAUUAGAAAACAGUGACACCCUAGAGCUGGUGGUGACAGGAGUUUACCUCAACAAUGUCGUUCUGUCAGCCAUUCCCAGUCCUGUGGUGACUUCAGGAGGGCGAGUUACCCUUCAGUGUGAGUCACAAGAGCCAUAUAAUAUGUUCAUUCUAAUGAAGGAUGGUGGGAAUUUCUCGAGUCCUGAACCCUCACAGAAAAUAUACUCUGACAAAUUUGGAGCCCUGUUCUUGGUGGAUCCUGUGACCCCCAACAAGAGGUGGAGGUUCACAUGUUAUGGUUAUUCCUUGAGCACCCCUCAGCUGUGGUCGCUACCCAGUAAACAACUGGAGCUCCUGGUAUCAGGAAGACUCAAGAAACCCACUUUGAGGGCUGAGCCAGGAUCUGUGAUUGCCUCAGGAAAUAAUGUGACCAUCUUGUGUUAGGGAACCAAGGGAAAGCAACAAAUGUAUUUCCUCCAUAAAGAAGGAAGCCCAGCACCCUGGGACAGUCAAAUCCCAAAUGAUCCUGGUAACAAGGCCAUGUUCUCAAUAGCAUCCAUGGAACAGCAUCAUGCAGGAAAAUAUCGCUGUUACUCUUACAAAUCUGCGGGGUGGUCAGAAUGCAGUGACAUGCUGGAGCUGGUAGUAACAGGUGUUCACCAUGGUAAACCUACUCUGGCAGCUUUGCCUAGCCCUGUGGUGACCUCAGGUGGGAAUGUGACCCUAACGUGUGUCUCAUCUAACGGAUAUGAUUGGUUCAUUUUGACCGUGUCAACGAAGCCCUCCCUGCUGACCCAAAAAGGCCCUGUCCUGACCCCUGGAGAGAACCUGAUUCUCAAGUGUUCCUCUAAGAUAAGUUAUGACAGAUUUGCUCUGUUUAAGAACGGGGAAAGUGGCCUCACUCAGGUCUCUGUCCAACAGUCUCAGGAUGGACAUUUUCAUGCCAAUUUCACCUUAGGCUCUGUGAAUUCCUCCUUUGGUGGUCAGUAUAGAUGCCUUGGUGCACACAGUUCCUCCUCUGAGUGGUCAGCCCCCAGUGACCCAUUGGACAUCCUGAUCACAGGGUACCCUGCUGUUGCACCAAGUCUCUUUGUGCAUCCAGGAACUACCAUUUCCUUAGGAGAGAAUGUGACCCUGCAGUGUCAAUCAUCAGUCCCAGUGGAUACUUUCCUUCUGUUCAAGGAAGAUGCAGCCCAUCCAUAUUUGAAUCAAAAAUCACAGUUUCAAGAUUUAAAAAUUUAGGCAGAAUUCUCCAUGAGUGCUGUGACCUCUGCUCUUGAGGGUUCCUAUGUAUGCUUUGGUUCCCAAAGCUCAUCCCCUUACCUGUUGUCACACCCCAGUGUCCCUGUGGAGAUCAUAGUUUCAGGUUUCUACAAAAAACCCACCCUGAAUGCACUGCCAAACCCUGUUGUAACUUUAGGAUCAUAUGUGACUGCCUCAUGUAGCUCAAAUAAUAAUUAUGAUGGCUUCAUUUUAAUCAAGGAAAAGCAGUUCUUCAGCUUCAUGGACUCACAACGUGUAUAUACUGGGCAGUCUUCAGCCAGUUUCCAAGUGGGUCCUAUCACAAUCAGCGAAAGAUGGAGCUUAAGAUGCUAUGGCUAUUAUUCAAGAAACCCUCAGAGCUUGUCAGAAGGGAGUGACAUCCUGGAGAUUCUAGUCUCUGGUGAGGAAGCCCAAGCCUCUCUAUUGAUUGACAGGGAACCUGAAACAGGAUUUCCCAGGGAGACCUUAAUGUGUGAUCAGCACAGGAAGAGUCAGACCCAUUAG